AUGUCAACAAAUGGAAACGGCGGUACUUAUGCGCCACUGAAACAACUAGUAUCGGAUUCUGAAUCCGAAGAUGAUCAGAAAUUUCAAAAUGCUCUUAAAAUUAAGGCCUCAGAGAGUAGCAAUUUGGAUUACAACAGCGGUUUACAAUCUUCUAAAAACUACAGUAUGAGUGAGCUAGACGACUAUAAUACGAAUCUCAAUACGAUGGAGAGUACAAUGGAUAAUGUAAGCUUUUUACAAUCUGAUGUCGCUAAUAAAAUGUCUUUCCCUCGUAGAUGCGCGUUUAUAGCCUCAAUACUACUUUGCCUCUUCACUGUUAUUAUUUUCUUAUGGGGCAUACCAUGUUCAGAUGUUGGUAGUUGUACAAAUAAUGAAUGGCAUGACAAAAGUACUAACUGGGAGUUACCAUAUGAUGAAAUAGAGCUCUCUGGUGCUGUGCAAGUUGUUGAUGGAGCUAUUCCUAAAACUAAGAAUCUUAUUUUCAUAUACCGUGGAAAUCAUAUGAAAGAUAACAAAAACAAUAAUGAUAAUGUUAAUGGUGUGUUACUCAUUGUUGGCAAUACUGGUAAAGUUGGAUGGUACACUCGUGAAACUAGAAUACCAAUGGAAAUAAAUUGUAACCUUUUAGAUGUUAAUAAGGAUAAGCAGAAAGACUGUAUAGUAUCAGGAACAGAAGGAUUACUUGCUGCGUUAAAUCCUUUAUCUGGUACUUAUUACUGGUACAUUCAUAAACAAGGAAAAGUAUUUAGCAAAAUUGUGUCCAUUGACUUCCCUAUUAUUAUAAAGGAUAUGGAUGAGGAUAAAGUAACUGAUUUGGCAACAGUAGCAACUGUUUACCCAAGUUUAAACCACAAUUCCCUUCUCAUCAUAUCUGGUGCAACAGGUAAUAUCAUUGGUGAUCCAAUGACUAUUGAUAAUUGCUUAUCAGUAAAACUACUCUCUGAAACUGGAAAUAUCACUUACAUUUGUAAAAAUGGAUCUUCUGAGGCAGUACGUCAAAUCAUCUACCCAGAAUUAUAUAAAAAACUCUUAAAACUAGACCACUUUACCAAUGAUACAUCAUCGGGAUCAUUUUCAUCAAAAAAGAUAAAUUUAAGUUUGAAGAAAAGUAUUGGCAACACAAAACAAAUAUUCACAAAUGGACCUGGUAAACUAAAAGUGGAAAAUUAUGGUGACUGUCCAACAACAUGUAAAGUAAAUUUGAAAUUAUUAUUAGAAAGAAAUGGAACAACAAAUUGGAAUAGUGCACACCUUGCUAAGGGUGCACUCAAAUUCGAUGAGAUAAGGUAUAAUGUGCUGAAUUCAAGCCCCAAAAAUCCUUAUGACAUAUUUUAUCACCGGCCAACUGUUAACAUUGAAUCUAUAUCAUCAUUCAUAAAAUAUGACAACUUUGUGGCCCAUGACAUAUCAGAACGAAUAGUAUUGGUUGCAUUUGAUAAACUGCAAACUUAUAUACAUGUUAACGUCAGCCAAACAGAUAUUCUACAAAUAUGUGUAAGAGGCCAAAUGAAUUCCAAUGUACCUUUACCUACUUGCCAACCUGAUUUAGAAUAUCAAGAACGAUCCCUAACCAUAGCAGAUCUAGAUGGUGACCAAUCUCAUGAGUUGAUCUCAUACUAUAGUACCUUUGUGGCUCCUGAAGCCUAUGAUACAAAAAAUGAAAGGGCCUAUAAUAGUUGGCAUUUGACAUCAACUGUGAGAGUUAUCCAACUUGAAACUGAAUUGCCGAAACUCUUUGUUGCUGAAAACUAA